AUGAUGCCCCUCAGGGUUGACCUGCUUCCAGGGGACCCGACCGGUUCUCCGGGGACCCAGCCCACUAUAGACACCGGGACCGGAACCACUUUUGGGGGGCCUAACUCGCCCCUGGGGAGCCCGACCUGCUCCCGGGGACCUGACCUGUUCCUGGGGGACCCGCCCCACCCCGGGGCCUGCCGUCCACACACGCAGGGGCCCGGCCCACCCCGGGGCCUGCCGUCCACACACGCAGUGACCCGACCGACUCCGGGGCCUGCCGUCCACACACGCAGGGGCCCGGCCCACCCCGGGGCCUGCCGUCCACACACGCAGGGGCCCGACCCACCCCGGGGGUACCCGACCCACCUCGGGAGGCGCAGCCGGCGGCGUCCCCGCGGGGGGCCCGGCCGCGCCCGCCAGAACGUCGGGGGCGCUCCCGGCCGGCCUGUGCCCGCUGUGCCCGCUGUGCCCGCUGUGCCCGCUGUGGCGGGACGAGUGCAGCAGAAAUUGGGGAAGGUGGAAAACCGCUCCAUCGCCCCUGGCGCCGCGCCCGCGGGAGCUCACAGGGCAGCAAAGCUCUGGGCCCCGCCCUUGGGGGGGGGGGUGCUGCUUCAGGGCCUCGGCAGGAACGUGGCGUGGAAGCAGGUUCCCGACAAACAGCGCCAGCGAGCGCUCACCGCCACCAGACACAGGCGACAGGCCACAGGCCGCCUCCGUCCCCCGGCGCACUGCCUCCGGCCAGUCACGGCGUCCUCGGGAAGCCCCGGUCUGCGACUGGUCACGUCAGAACGAGAAACGAGGCUUCUUCCCACCUCGACUCCCAUCAGUCAACACGGAGGGAGGAAGCCCCGCAACCCUCCCCCGCGGGGGCGUCAGCCGCCUCAAGCCUUCCGGCCCCGACCUCGCCUGCUGGGGGCGGCGGGUGUGCAGUCUCGCUCUUCGCUAUUCAGUGUCACGCGUGCCCCUCCGUGUUCGGGGGACCAGGGCCGUCGGGCGUCCGCAGGGACAUCCCGGGACGCCGGGUUUCUGCCAGCACGGCUGCUGCCGCUGUCGGGAGCAGGCGCGGGCGACGUGGAGCCCCGGACACGGCCGGGUGCCAGCGGGCGGCGCAGGGACCGGCGCGCCCCCGGGGUGCCGACGCCCCCCGGGAGGCGGUGA